UCAUUUGCUGCACAACGUUAUGCCAAGCAGUCGUCGGCCAAAUCCCAUACGCGAUGUUUAAAAUUGUAGUCAUCCUCUUAUCGUACGCGAGUGUAAAUUAUGGUAUAGAUACACCAAUAAUUGGAAUACUCUCGGAAGAAACUUACAUCGUGCAGCAUUUAUUUCCUGAACACUAUGACAGCUACAUCACUGCUUCGUACGUUAAAUAUAUAGAAAGUGCGGGAGGUCGAGUUGUUCCAGUCUGGAUUGGACAGUCCGAGGAAUAUUAUAGAAGAGUAAUAAAUUAUACUAAUGGAAUACUGUUUCCCGGUGGUGGUACCUAUUUUAACGAAACGAAAGGCUAUGGCAAAGCGGCGAAACAAAUCUAUCAAAUAGCGUUGGAGGCCAAUAAAAAAGGCAUCUAUUAUCCCAUAUGGGGGUGUUGUUUAGGCAUGCAAGUCCUGCCUUUUGCUCAACUUGGGGUAGACAUUCGUGUCGACUGUCUGUUGAAAAAUACUUCCGUGCCCCUGAAUUUUAAAAAAACCUCUAGCAAAAGCAGACUGUUCUCGAACGCCCCGAAGAAUAUAUUAGAGUUGCUUUCUUCCCAGAACCUCACGUUCAACGAACACCGGUAUUGCUUGACCCAAACGGUUCUGAAGAAAAAUGGCAUUCUCAACGACUGGCAGAUAUUGGCCACCAACGAAGACGUCAACAAACUCAAAUUUAUUUCAGCCAUGGAAUCCGUGAAUUAUCCCAUAUACGGAGUACAGUUCCACCCGGAGAAGAACCCUUUCGAGUUUGAGAAAAAGGGUGUCCCACACUCUAAAGAAGCUGUAGACGUGUCGUUGUAUUUCGCUAGUUUCUUUGUAGAAGAAUCCAAAAAGAACAAUAAUACUUUCCCCAGCGAAGAACUGGAGAAGAAGAGUUUGAUAUAUAACUAUAAUCCUAGGUAUACGGGUAUCUCUGUCAAGAGUCCUUACGAGCAAGUGUAUAUAUUCAACAGAACUGAUUUUAGUGCAGCACAGCUUUUAUAGCUAUACUUUCCCUUAAAAUGCCUUAACUUUGAUAUGAAUACCGAUAAAUGAAUAUAUUAAUAAAUAAUAAAAUAUGUACCAAUAGACUUAAAUAGGUUCUGGAGUUUAUUUUUUAAUCCACUCCAGUAGAUUUAGAUCUGGUACUCUACACCUUA